AUGCUUUCUGCAGGUGUAACACGCUUGCUGCCCGCUUCCCGGGCUGGCCACAGCCUCUGCUUGUUGCGCAAUACUGCACGUCUCUCAUUCCAGCCACAUGGCCAGCUCUAUCAUCAUGGACCUGCACUCCGGUCUCGAUGCAUGUCUGUAUUGACUUUGUCACCUACUCAGGGCCAUCUGCGGUUGGGGAUUUCAAAACCUCGGAGCUUCUUGACUUUUAUGCCAAAGAGAUGGUCGACAUCACAAACCCCUGAAGACCCCAAAAACCAGGUCUCCGAAGAGCCAAAAUCUACCACACAGCGAAUUCUUUCAAAAAUUCCAAUGGCCAAGAGCCAUGAGAACAUCUACACCAUCCCUAAUAUCCUCACCUUCUCGCGGCUGGUUGCGGCACCUGUGGUAGGGUAUCUGCUUGUCCAUGACUACCACGCAGCCGCCCUGUCGCUCUUCGCUUAUGCGGGUAUCACCGAUCUAGUCGAUGGCUGGAUUGCUCGAAAAUACAAUCUACAGACGGUCGUGGGAACCAUCAUUGAUCCGAUGGCUGACAAGCUGCUCAUGACGAUCGGAGUGGCUUGUCUGGCGGUGAAUGGCUCUCUUCCGGUGUGGCUGGCCGUUAUCAUCCUCGGUCGCGAUGUUGGCCUAGCCAUCUCGGCUAUUUACUAUCGUUGGAUCUCACUCCCACCUCCAAAGACGAUGGCUCGCUACUGGGAUUUCUCCCUUCCCUCUGCCGAGGUCAAGCCCACCGAGAUCUCCAAGAUCAACACUGCCUUGCAAUUGGUUCUGGUCGGGACGGCGAUCGGCCUGCCUGUGGUGCCUGAGGCAAUCAUUAGUGCUUGGCAUUUGAGUGAGGCCAUGACUGGAUUUCAGUAUUUGGUCGCGGCCACCACCAUCUGGUCCGGCAUGAGCUACGUCUUCUCUAAUAACGCAGUCAAAAUCUUGACCAAAGAGGAGAUUCAGAAGCGUAUCGCUCAGGCGGAAUCGAAGCGUAAGCAUUAA